CCCCCGCCUCCUGCAGGCCCGGGACGUGCCGGGCUGGCGAGCGAGCGAGCGAGGGGACGGCGUCCGGCGCACUCACUUCCGCGUCCCGCCGCCCUCGGCCCGCGCGCGUCCAGCCGCCGCCGCGAUCGAUCGGACAAUAGGCCGCCCGCCCCGGCCGCCGAGAACUUCCCGCCGCCCGGCCGGCGGUGCGCGGGGCCGCUCCUGCUCGGCGCGGGCGGGAUCCCAGCCCCGCGGCCGCCCGGGAAGCCACGGGGACCCAGCGCCCAGGACGUACCUGCGCCUCCGGCCGCGCGUCUGGCGGCCUCUACGCUCUGGGUAAACCCGCUGCACCCCGGACCCUUCCGCGCCUGCUGCCUUGUGCGUUUCCGAGUUUGGUUAAAGAGGGUGUGACUUUUUGUUUUGUCUUGUUUUCCUAUUCUUUUUCCUUUUAUGAUUUGAAAAAGAGAAAACGCAGAGUAAGCUGGGACAGGGAAGCGCCACCAUCUGCCCCCACGUGGACACUUCGGAGGGGAAAAGAAGUUGCAGGAGAACUUGGUGCUUCGGGCCUUGGGGCCUCGACUGGGGCUGGACUCUAAGGCCCGGGGUCAUGACUCAGACUUUGGGCAGGUGGAGGGUGUUACUUGUUCUGGGCUGGACUUGAGCCCCCUGUUCUUGGCCGCCCCCUCAAACACACACACACACACACACACACACACACACACACACACACUACCCGGCACCUGGCCUAGGCCUCCACACCCGUCAGGAACAUGGACAAGUACCAGGACCUGGGCCUGGAGGCCAGUAAAUUCAUCGAGGACCUGAACAUGUACGAGGCUUCCAAGGAUGGACUCUUCCGAGUGGACAAGGGUGCAGGCAACAACCCGGAGUUUGAGGAGACACGCCGGGUGUUUGCCACCAAGAUGGCCAAGAUCCACCUUCAGCAGCAGCAGCAGCUCCUGCAGGAGGAGACCCUGCCCCGGGCUGGCGGCCGAGGACCUGUCAACGGCGGGGGCCGCCCGGGCCCGCAGGCCCAUUGGGAAGCUGGUGCGGGCAGCAGGCUGACCAUGGACGGCGCUGCCAAGCCCCCUCUGGCUGCCUCGACAGUAGCUCCUGGGACAGCCACCACCGUCGCUGCUGGGCAGCCCUUGUACCCAGCCCAGGAGCAGAAGGCCAGGCCGUAUGGCCACACCAGGCCUGGCAGCCAGGACUGUGGUUCCAAGGAGAGCCCGGCCGGUUCCGAGAUGUCCGCCGUCCACGGGCUGAGCCCCUGCGAGGACCCUUCCUGCCUCACCCAUGGAGACUAUUAUGACAACCUCUCCUUGGCAAGCCCGAAGUGGGGUGAAGAGCCAGGAGUGCCUCCCGGCAUCAGGCUGGGUGUAGGGACCGGGUGGCCUGGCGCCCCAGGCGGUGACCCAUCACCACCCGCACCCUCCAGGGACCCUUACCUGUACCAGCCGCAGUUCUCCCCAAGCUCCAGCCGGUCGUUUGAGAGCGGCCAGGACGGUGGUGGUGAUGGCCGCAGCAGUGAGAAGCCAGCGGGCCUUUGGACCACUGCCUCCUCCCAGUGGGCACGCCCUGGCCUUCCCUCCCCAGGCCUGGAGAACGGGGCCCUCCUGGGGCCCACUCAGCCCAGAACCCCUUUUUCAGGGAGCUGCCCCAGUCAAGGAGCUCUUCCAAGAACAAACUCGGGGGCACGGAGUGAGGUUUCAGGCACGAUGCCCAAACCAAAUGCGCACCCUCAGUCCUGGUUCCAGGAUGGGCCCAAAUCCUACCUUUCUAGUUCAGGGCCAUCAUCUUUGCCAGCCAGCAUGGACAGUUUGCAGCUGGAUGCCGCCCCUGGGCUGGGUCCCAAGCCUGGCUGCGCAGACCCUGGCACUGGUCCCAAGCUCAGCCCCAUCAGCCGUGUCCCUCCAGUGAUGUCCACCCCACUUGAGUUAUCUUGUAAAGAAGGUCCCGCUGGCUGGUCUUCUGAGGGUGGCCUGGGGUCUGUGCUCCCAGAGAGCCCCAGCCCCCACAGAGUGAGGCUGCCCUGCCAGACCCUCACCCCGGGACCCGAGCUUGGGCCCUCGACUGCCGAGCUGAAAUUAGAAGCCCUCACGCAGCGUCUGGAGCAGGAGAUGGAUGCUCACCCGAAGGCCGAUUACUUUGGCCGGAAGCUGAGAGGAAAAGCCUUUUAUUUCGUCAAUGGCAAAGUGUUUUGUGAGGAAGACUUCCUGUACUCUGGCUUCCAGCAGUCAGCUGACCGGUGUUUUCUGUGUGGCCAUCUGAUCAUGGACAUGAUCCUGCAGGCCCUGGGGAAGUCCUACCACCCCGGCUGUUUCCGCUGUGUCAUCUGUAACGAGUGCUUGGAUGGGGUGCCCUUCACCGUGGACUCAGAGAACAAGAUCUACUGUGUCCGCGAUUACCACAAGGCUCAGAUGAGACCAUCCGGGUCGUGUCCAUGGACAGAGAUUACCACGUGGAGUGUUACCACUGCGAGGACUGCGGCCUGGAGCUCAACGACGAGGACGGCCACCGCUGCUACCCCCUGGAGGACCAUCUCUUCUGCCAGCCCUGCCACGUCAAGCGGCUGGAGAAAGGCCCCUCGCCCGCAGCCCUGCACCAGCACCACUUCUAGCGGAGCCUCUUCCAGACCGCGGGGCGGGGAGGGGCCAGGGCGCAAAGGACAAGUCCGCCUGUUGAUUCUGGGAGUGGAGUUGCGGGGGGCGGGGCGGGAGGGGGGAGGCGUGGCCAGCGAGUGCCUGCGCGCAUGCGUGGGGCCCUUUCCUUUCAGCCCUACCCGUCUGGGGUGUGUAUUUCCAAGGGCCUUGCUCGCUGCCCUGCGCGCUUCAGAACGCUCAGGGAGACGCUGCAGCAAGCGGGCGGCCUGAGGCGGGAGGUGGUCGCUUCAGAGGGCAAGGUGUCCGCUGAGCGUAUUCAUAAUACCUUGGGGGAGAGGGUCCAGCUGCCGAUGCAUUCAACCCUUCCUCUCCCUCCAGGGAAAUAUUGCACCCCACGUGCCCCCUCCCCCCCUCCCCACGCGCGCGCGCAGUGAUUUAGGGCUUCCUUCCCCCGCAGAGCUUCAUUCAGUGGAAGGGCUGCAAGUUGUAAUGGUGUUAGGGCGAGAGGGAAGCCCGAACACGUGCUCUGCAUCUUAGGGAGCAUUUUCUAGGUGAACCAGAGCCAAUGCCGAAAUAAGCGAGACGGGGGCGCCCUUCUGUCCCCUGUGCCCCCCCCCCCCCCCCGCCAGCUCUCUGCGUGUCCCCGCAGAUCUGCACUCCCUGUGGGCAGUCGGGGAGGGGGGGCUGGCGGAGACCUGCCCCGCUCUAGCCUAGCGGAGUGCCCUGGGACAGAGAACUUGGUGCGGGCACCAGGCCUCUUGGCCCACCGUUUGCCCUUUGCCCCUCUGGCGCUCUCCAGGGUCUGUGACCUGGGAGCCGUUUCGGCAAAGGCAGGUCUCAGGAUCCCACGUGCCCGUUCAGCUCAGGUCAGGCUGGGCUUCUGGAAGUCCCGCGUCCUGAGAGCCACCCCCUUACCCACGAGGAGUGUGUGCGCGUGUGUGAGGCCUCUCGGCCCGGUGGAGGGCGCGCAUGCGGAUAAGUUAUUACAGUCAUUUCACGGGUUUCUCUCUUGCCCCAGUCUUGGCACCGGCAUUAUUACAUUGGAAGAAACCGGUAUUAGGUACAGUGCUUUUGUCUUCUUUUGUCUUCACUGUUUCCCUCCACUUUCAGUCUUCCACACACACAAAAUACCUCACAGAUAUGAGCAUCACCAAAUCACAGGUCAAGGAGGAAGUGGGCCGCCGCCGUGGGCUCAGAUACUGUCUUCGGUGCCUUAGGAACGUCCAGCUUCAUGCCGGCCACGCUCCAGUGGUCAGGGCCCUGUGCCCCUAACCAAAGGCCAGCAGGGCAUAGGUGGAAACUGGGUGCUACUGCCUUACCUAUUCGUGCUGACUCCCGGGGUGGGGGGGGUGGCAUGGUCUGGAGGGCCACCCCCUGGCGAGUUUUCAAGGCAACUUCUGAACUGAGGAGGCACAAUUUGCCUUGCAUGUCACAGUCCUGAGGCCGGAGGUCAGGAUCCCGUGGUAUUUCAAUAGGAAGAUACAUACGUUCAUGUUUGUCAAAGGUGGGCUGGCAUUUGCCUCUCAGCCUGUGGAGAGGGACCAGGAGCCUUGUUGCUGGAGCACUGGGGCCAUCUCACCACGGCCAGCUAGGCUGGGGCACGGCAGCUGGCGUCUGCCCUCUGCCUCCUCACCUGGCACCCUGAGCCAGGGGCCUGGGGGACUGGGGCCGAGGAGGGUGGUCAGGGUAGACACCCAGGGACUCCCAGACUUUCCCCCUGGCCCAGCUUCCCUCCCAGGCCACGUUUUUGGCUCAUUCAGUAACAGUUGCCUGUAAGAUGAGAGAAUUGACACCAUGGGUUGCUGCAUGAAAUUCAUUCUACUGGGGUCCUUUGGCCAGAAGCCACUUCCAGGCUGUGUGCUAUCAUUGGUUCCUUUUCAUAGGCUGAGCCUCCUGAAAACCUGUGAAUGAGUGGGGCUGGGGAAGGGACCCCCGGGGCCACACCCCUCUCUCCCCAUCAAGUCAUCCAGUUUAGCCUGGGCAAAGCUGUGGGCAGAGGAAGCCAGCCAAUGCGUCUCAGCCCGUCUUUGCCAACCACGAAUGUUUCUGGCCUCGCGGACUCACCUUUGUUCCACUUUCGAGUCCAGCGAGUGAGCCACGGACAGAAGUAGGAGGCGUUUGUUUGCAGAUUGGGUAACUAGUUGGUUAAAUCUGUGAUUCAGUCUUUGAAGUGAGAUUUUUAAAAUAGCCUUUAUUGGGGUGAUUCAGAUCUCGCUGUCAAUAUGGCAUUUUUUUUGUGUCAUUGAAGAACAAUGAGAAUUACCAGACGAAACCCGAGCAGCAACCUCUCUUGUGAUCCGUGUCCCUGGAGUGGGGUACCAGGCAGGACUCCUGAGUUUCUCUCUCCUGCUCAGGCCCUUGCACAUAAGCCACAAGGAGAUGUUCGCCUACCUGGUUAUUUUAAACAUUCUGUGUGUUAUUAGCCAAGUGGACCUGUAAUGAGGUUGUACUUAGAAAACAAGUGCCUGGUAGACCAGGAUGAAUAUGUUGGUUGUAAAAGUUAGAGCAAAUAGCCCUUCCCAAGUUCCCUAGACAACUCUGACUUUAGCUAAGUGAGGAGAGAAUUAUGGCCUGAUUCCAAACCCCAGCACCAGCCUCUAGCCUUCUCCCUUGCCUCAUUGCCCUUUAUUUUUUAUUUUUUUGCCUCCCAUUGCCUCUCCCCCACCCCCUCAGGUCGGGCUUUUCAAAAACUGCCUGGGUGGUCUAAAGGUUGUAACCCAGGUUGGCCGGCUCUAUCAGGAGCCUCUGUCUCCGAUGUUUCCCAUCUGUCACUGAGUAAAGAGUGAUUUAUCCAUCUCUCACCAUGGGAGCGCCUUUAGUCCUGUCCCUGUCACUGCCUGUUGUCCCCUGCCCUGCCCCCACAGGACUGUACUUGCUCGGCGGUUAGUGCUGGAGUGACAGCCUCGUUCAGCUGAGUCCUGAGGUGAUGCCAUUGAGUCCUGGGUGGUGGAAGGGAUUGUCGCAGAGUUCCAUCACCUUCAAGGGCGGCCAUCGCCUUGUUUUCAUGGGCGGGGGGCACACAAAAGGAAAAAUAGGAAUGUUAGGACUUGAGAAUUAUCCACAAUCCUUUGCAGGCCGUUUUUGUGUGAAAGUGUGAGAACCGUCAGGGCUGCUGAUACGCUUGCAAAGAAUAUGUGCGAGACUUGCCCCCCAAACUGUGGUUGCUUGGUGUGGUUGUUAAUAAGACCCUGUCUGCCAGGAAAACCAAAUUCUUUGUGCUCUCCUUUGUGCCACGAAUAGUCCUAAUUUCCCAGUGACUAUUGGAAGUAACUGUUUAAAGUAAUAGAUAAAAAAUGAACAACAUAUAUUGGCUAUCCAUUGUCCUGAGCCAGAACGGGACAGAUGUGGGAAACUUCCAUCGAGAGUAUGAAAAUGUCACCUGUGCAGAGAAAAUUAUUUUCCUCGGUGUCUCUUCUUUUCUACAAAUUUAUUAAAAAAUUUACUGUUUCUAUAAAGUUAUGCACAAUGUUGUUCCUAUAAAAUUAUUUGAAGUUUUACUGUUUCUAUAAAAUGAUUUUAACAUGUCAUAACAAUAAAACUGCAUCAAUUUGUAGACCAUUAAAGUGCUCUCCAACUUGAUAA